CGGAGGCUACCAGCAUUGGCUGCCACCGCUUCGUCUCUACAAGUUACCGAAAACAGUCACUCGAGUGGGGUUAAAUUAAAAAAAAAAAAAACUCAUCUGAGUCCGUGCGUGCGUUCUGGGUUUUCUCAACCCUUCCAGUACAGCGAUGAUUCAAAGAUGGGUCGCGGCAGUCAACACGGUCCUUGUUUUCAGCGCAUUCCUUGUGUUCGUUUGCGAAUCAAACAUCGCCCACGGCACAACUAGGAAGGCUAUAAACUCAUUUGCGGGAAAGUACAUCGCCUACGCAGACAGGUUUUACAUGUGUGAAGAGGGUGAUAGCCUUGACUGGCGCUGGAACCUGAGGCACUCCCACUGGAAUCCUGCAAAGCCGAACGAGCUGCAACGCCUUACUGGGUGGCUGAAUGGCUCCAUUAACCACGUUACAGACUCAAGCUGGGCUCAAGUUAACCUGGACCGACGAUCGAACAACAUGUGGAAGGACAACGCGUUAAUAUUCAAGUUUCCAGCGGGCUCGUGCACGGCGUUGAGGAAAAACAUACCCGGUUUCUACUCGACCGUGUUCAAACUGCCCAAAGAUGGGCCGUGCGACAUUCCUCCGGGAAAUUACGAGGUGAAGAAUGAAUCAGUCAACUGGGCGUUCCCCGCCGUGCCCAUCCUACAAUAG